AUGCCAUGCCAGCACCAUCUGACGGCAAUUCGAACGGAGGUCCUGUCCUCGGGGAGCCGAAUCCACACGGACCACACCAGAGGACGCGGGGGACGCCCCGGAUUCUUCGGAUUCCAGGAUGGAACUACACAGAAAUAGCACUAAUGGUUCCUGCCUCAGUGCAUGUGGGCCACUGACAGACUACUACAUUCCUGAUUACAUACUGAAGCCGGCCUAUGAACCGGUCACUGUUGAUAAUGUGCCAUGUUGUCCUGUGGUAGUCUUCAUCAACUCUAGAAGUGGUGGCCAACUGGGAAGCAGUCUGAUAAAAACAUACCGUGAACUUCUCAAUGAAGCGCAGGUUUUUGAUCUCUCAGAAGAGUCUCCUGAUAAGGUUCUACAUAGAUUAUACAGCAACUUUGAAAGGCUCAAGUCUAGUGGUGACCAUGUUGCUACUCAAAUUCAGAAGAGCUUAAGGCUAAUUGUUGCUGGUGGUGACGGUACAGCAAGUUGGCUGCUUGGAGUAGUUAGUGACCUGAAACUAUCACAUCCACCUCCUGUUGCUACCGUACCUCUUGGGACUGGAAACAACCUCCCUUUUUCAUUUGGAUGGGGGAAAAAGAAUCCCGCUACUGACCAGGCAGCAGUGAAAUCAUUCCUGGAUCAAGUAAAAGGAGCAAGAGAAAUGAAUAUCGAUAGCUGGCAUAUCAUCAUGAGGAUGCGAAUUCCACAGGAAGGCCCAUGUGAUCCUAUUGCUCCCUUAGAUCUUCCACAUUCGUUGCAUGCUUUCCACCGCGUAUCAGCUUGUGACUCUCUCAAUUUGGAGGGAUACCACACAUUCCGUGGAGGAUUCUGGAAUUAUUUUAGCUUGGGAAUGGAUGCACAAGUAUCCUAUGAAUUCCACUCUGAAAGGAAGAGAAAUCCAGAGAAGUUCAGACACCAGCUAAGAAAUCAGGGUACAUAUGCUAAGCUUGGAUUUAAGCAUUCCCUAAACCAUCUUUCAUCGAGGAACAUUUCUCAACUUGCAAAGGUGAAGAUCAUGAAAAGACCUGGUUCCCAGUGGGAAGAGCUAAAGAUUCCUCGCAGCAUUCAAUCAGUUAUCUGCCUGAACCUGCCAAGCUUCUCUGGAGGAUUGAAUCCAUGGGGAACACCUGGCACAAGGAAAGCACAAGACAGAGACCUGACUGCACCUUACGUUGACGAUGGGCUUAUCGAGGUUGUCGGCUUCCGUGAUGCCUGGCAUGGGCUCAUCUUGCUGGCUCCUAAUGGCCAUGGAACUCGUCUAGCGCAGGCCCACCGAAUCCGUUUCGAGUUCCACAAGGGAGCAGCCGAGCACACGUUCAUGAGGAUCGACGGGGAGCCAUGGAAGCAGCCUCUCCCCAAGGAGGACGACACCGUGGUGGUGGAGAUCUCCAACCUCCGUCAGGUGGCCAUGCUGGCCAACGACCCGUGCAGGUCCAAGAGCGUGAACGAGCCGUCCUCCCCGUCGUGCCACGGCCAUGAGGACGACGACAGCAACAGCCUGGAGGACGAGGACGAGGACGAGUGGGAGGACGGGAGGAAGAAGUUCGGUGCGGCGGCCACCUUCAAGAUCCCCGACGAGGUGGACAUCGCUCAUCUCAGUUAGAACCUAGAAACCCCGCCGGCUGCUUCUGCGUCGGUUGGUGGUGCUGACUGCUGAGUCUGUGCAUUUCAGAGUGUUUGCUGCUUGCUACAGCCUACAGUGCUACUGCUCCCUUUUUUUUUGUUGUUUUUUUUUUGGUUGCCUCCACGAGCUCAGAUUUCAGAAGCUAACCACUGCUGUUGGUGAAACUGCUCGUUAUGAUCCCCCAUUGUUCUGUAAAUUUUCAAGUUUUAGCAGCCAUGUGUAUUUCACUGGCUGAUAAUUUUUUUGUGUGCUACGUAAUUUGAAACGUGGAAACGACUUGUACCAAAGGUCUGAUACCGUGUACUAUGGAGUAUGUAGGAGAGUAGAAAGCAACAGAUUUUGAAUCACGUAAUCUGUCAGAGGAGAAGUCGUCACGUAACAAAUGACGGCUCGGCUUCUGGAGUUCGCUGCGUCCGUCCGUCCGCCCGCCGCUGUUUGAUAGGAGUACUCCCGCACCCGCACCCGGUUCCAGGCCAAACCGCGUUCCCCACGCGCCCACCAGAAAGCAGAGGCGGCAGCAUAAAAGGCCCCCGCGCGCCUCUCCGCACUCCACGUCAAUCCAAUCCAGGACACAAAGUUGCGGUGAGCAAUUGCAAGGCGAUGAGCUUGAGGUACAUGAGCCGUGUGGGCGCGCGGGUGGUGCGGGAGAGCACGGGCAGGUCGGUCAAGGCGCAGGCGCAGGCGGCGUCCAUGGCGAGGAGCGGCGGCAGCAGGGCGCCGGCCGCCGGGUCGGUGGAGUCGGGGAGAGCGAGCGCCGUGGCGGCGGCGGCGGCGGCCAGGAGGAAGGCGGAGGAGGAGAAGCGGCGGCGCGCCGAGCAGGCGCUGCGCACCGUCAUGUUCCUCUCCGUCUGGGGCCCCAACACCUAGGCCUAGUAGGAAUCAAGGAGUGUUAGCAUCAUCAUGUGUAGCGUUCUGUGCACGUUUGUUUGUUUGUUUGUUUGUUUGUUUGAGGUUCAGAAAACAAAGUGUAUAUUACUUACA